CCGGUUUGGGGUCUAUGAAAAGGAACGGGAAGGCGAGAACGGGGAUUUUGGAAACGGAAGGAAUUAGAGAUUUCGUUUCGAGGAUAUUAUUCUAUUCGUUGCAUCUACAGUCUUGAAGAAAGCAUCUUGAGAAACCGGCAUUUUGAAUGGCAAAGACUUCUCAAGGACAGGAUGGAGCGAGACGUCAACCUUCGCUCUUUCUGAACACGUCCCUUAGUUUGAGAAACGAUCACGAUUCCUACGAGCACGACAAUGAACACGAAGCGUCCUAUAUUUGCGAGAACAGCCCGUUGUUACUCGAUUACGGGUACAGAAGAGGGUCGGAAGACAACUGCGAUUCAGCAAGUCUUCACUCUCGACCUCCGUCGUACGCGACCCUCGGCUCUCCAACAGAUGUGGAGGAGAGCGAUGUAGAGAUUGAAAGUGAAUUUUCGAAUGACGUGAAAAAGAGUACAUCCAGGUCGUGCUGGUCGCACCUACCUCCAAGAGACACUCUCACGGUGCUGUUGUCAUUGUUUAUUACGGAGGCGAGUCGCGGUCUGGUGUUGCCUACCAUGUAUACUUAUGUUACGUUAAUGGGAGGAAAUCUUUCUACAUUGGGUACCAUGAUUUCGCUAUUUUCGGUCGGGCGUCUUAUAUGCUCGGUUCCAUUUGGAACAUGGGCGGAUAAACGACGCUCCUCUCGGGAAGUAUUUAUCUUCGCCGCUGUUUUGGCUGCGGCUUCAAAUACUUUAUACGCAUUCUCUUGGGCUUUACCCCGUCCUAUAUAUUGGUUGUAUUUCUCGAGGUUGGCAUGUGGAUUCGCCACUGGCACGGUCGCUGUCUGCAGGUCAUAUUUAGCGAGUGCGGUGCCUCCAGCUGAACGAACAAAAGCGAUUGCGUGGAGCGGCAUGGCACAAUAUGCCGGAUUUUCCUUGACUCCUGGCAUUGCAACACUCAUCAUGUAUUUGGGAGGCGCUUACACAGAGUCCGAUACGGCGGACGCAUCGUCUGUCGAGAGCGACAACGACAAAACAGGGACGCCGACCUUGUUUGCGUGCAUUCUCCCAACUGGAGCUUUAGUUCUCGUGAACAUUCUCCUCAUCCCAGUCCUUCUCUCGGCGAUGCCGAAGCGGGAUCCUGUUGCACCGGUGCCUCCGACUCUCCCACAACCAAACGGCACCGCCGCUGUAUCCUCUCAUGCAGAAGCGAAGCUCUUAAAGUGGGGCUUUGUCCUGUUCUUCACCCUGAAUCUUGUCCUACGUGGUGUCAUUGGUGUCACGGAAACGAUUGCUCCGGAAUUGUAUCAGCAUCAUCGCGUGGACGAUGAGGCUGCCCUCGAACAUUCCGGUCAAUUCUUUUUUAUGCUGGGAAUAAUUGGGCUUGUUGUCUUUUUCCUCGUUGAUCCCAUUCAGCGCCGACUGAUCGCCGGACCUCAUCUUUUGAAUCUGGGAAUUGCGGCGGUUAUUGCUGGAACGCUCCUCAAUGUGGACCCGGAACCGGAGCGUACCAAAGCCAAUUGGUUGUCAUUUGUGGGUGGAAUGACUUUGAUAUGGUCCAUCGGGUCUCCUGUUUGUCAAACCUUGACUGUUUCCAUGUACUCUAAAAUGCUGGGUAAGAGGCCGCAAGGGUCCCUCAUUGGGUGGAUCACCACAGCGGGAAGUAUCGGGCGAAUCUUGUUCCCCUUUUUGAUUGGCCUAAAAGACUGUGCUGCAUUUUGGGUCAAUUGGAUGGACGUAGUCUUGUGUUUUGGCUGUGCGGUGGGUGUCCUUGUAUUUGAAAGGUGUGUGGGCAAAACGCGAAGGAUGCUCGAAGGGAAUGAAGAGGUGGGGCCUGAUGAUGAAACACCGCAUCAUUCGGACGACGAGUUGGAUGGUGAGACGGACAGUGAAGAAGUGCCGAUUGACUGCGGAGGGAAUGAACGGCUGUCUGGAGGACCGGCGGAGGUCACAAACGCACAGAAAAGAUGAGAUUCCCUGUUGUAUGGAUUUGGGUGAUUGGCAUGUUUGUAAAUAGCCUUGUGUAAAUAUAUAUCACUUUGAGAACAAAACAUUUCGUCCAAAUGCUUUGAAGCGUAACAAUGUAUUAAAAUGAACACUAUUGU